AGUCGAUUGGACGGAGCUAGCAAAUGUUGCGAAAGCGCUCAACAUCCGUUUCGCCUCGAGAGCUGCUUGCAAAGUUUUUUGACAAAGCGGAUUUUAUUGUCGGAAAAAGCGUACGCUACGCAGUUACCUUGCUAGUCGGUGUUACCACGGUUGCCAUAAUCAUCGCAAUUGUUUCAUUAACACGCUCAAAAAGCUCAGGUGAAACAGCGAACACUCCAAACACUAAUUUUGUCACGAUGACGACUAUCAUAACAGCUACGGCCGGUAGUGCGAGGACGAACGGUACUACCACGACUUCGACAAUCAGUACGAAACGUUCCGCUAAGCCGAUAACUACGACAUCUGCUACCACCUAUGGUAGGAAUACGACCAAGUCAACUACGACAACAAAACGGCCAAAACCUCCAGGUUCAUUUGAUAUACACUGUGCCUUCGCAGCGGACUCGGAAAAUUUCAAAGAAACUCAAACUCCUGAACUAGACAGGCAGAAGAAAUUGAUGAAGGAUCUUGGUAAGAAAGUUAUCGACACCAGCUCAAGUUCAAGUGCAGGUCUUUGGGCUUACGGUAAUGUGAAUAAAGCGAAGAAAUUUGGGGACGUUUUCGAUGAUAUGGUGGCUGAUUUCUCAAAGUUCUGUAUGAAGGCAGAAGAUAUUCUUAAUUCUGGUGACUAUCGCUCUCCUCCUGGCGGUGAAAACGUUAUUGAUCACAUCAACAAUGCAAUCGACAAAAACAACACCGCAAACUGUCUGCUAUUCUUAACGGGCAGCAAGGAGGAAAAGCCCGCUUGGAAGAUUGACCCGGUUUAUAAUUACACGAGGAUUGUGAUCAUCAGCUUGCAAGGUGCCGAUUUUACCAACAACGUUAAUAUUACAAGAGGCUUUUCCCGGAACGUAGACCUCGAGCAUUUCAAUGAGUCUGACAUCCAAGCUGUAUACGAUGAAAUCAUACGGGGCUUCAAGAGGAGUUGGACUUACACGUACUUGAACGAAUACAUUGAGUACCAGUAUGUCUAG